GAGGAAGGAAAGGCCGGGGCUGAUCCGCCGGCCCGCCCCGCCCUUGCCCCCGCCUCCGGCGCCGACGCCAUGGAGGCCUUCCUGGGAGGCUGCCGGGCCGCGCUGCAGGAGAGCAUCCGGAGCCAGCAGGAAGUCCAUGUGGUGCUGGGGAACGAAUCGUGUGAUCUGGACUCCAUGGUGUCUGCUCUGGCCCUUGCUUACUUCUUUGCGAAGACGUUUCCAGAGCCGAGGGCAGCCUUCAUCCCGGUUUUGAACAUCCCUCGCUCCGACUUCCCCCUGCGGACAGAGAGCACCUUUCUCCUCAAAGAACAGCGGAUCCCUGAGAGCUCCAUUAUCUUCCGAGACGAGAUCGACCUCCUCGCCCUCCACCAAGCCAGGCUCCUCUCUCUGACGCUGGUGGACCACCAUGUCCUGCCAAGCCAGGAUGUGGCUCUGGAGGAGGCGGUCGUUGAGGUGAUAGACCAUCGGCCCUUGGAGCGGGAGAGGGGCCCUCCCUGCAGGGUCACGUCGGAAUUGGUGGGGUCAUGUGCUACCCUGGUGACUGAGAAGAUCUUUCAAGGCCCGGUGGAGUUUUUGGACCAGACCGUAGCGGCCCUCCUGCACGGCACCAUCGUGCUCGACUGUGUCAACAUGGCUGCCGAGGCGGGCAAAGUGACCCCCAAGGACGUCCAUUUCGCUUCCCUUCUGGAAUCCAAGUUCCCGGAUCUGCCCCCAAGAGGUGUCAUAUUCGAGGCCCUGCAGAAUGCCAAGUUUGAUGUCUCAGGCCUCACGACAGACCAGAUGCUGAGGAAAGAUCUGAAAGCCGUCUCUGGGAAAGACGUGGUCAUCGCGCUUAGCUCUGUGUACGUGACUUUGCAGGACUUCUUGCGCCGUCCGGCUGUGGAACAGGAUUUGUGCGCCUUCUGCCGACAGAGAGGCUACGACGCACUGGUUGUGAUGACCAUCUCCUUCAGCGAGCGGAAUGAGCCCUUCCGGCAGCUUGCUGUGUACAGCCAUCAAGGGGCGCUCCGGACAGCGGUGUGCCAAAACUUGGAGGAUUCUAACAACCCCUCUCUCGGUCUGUCUCUGCUGGAGAGCCCACACCCGACUAUCCGCGCCUACACUCAGGGUGACGCCACUGCCUCUCGGAAGAAAGUCCUUCCCAUCGUCAAAGACUUCCUGAGGGAUUGGGGCCACCGUGGCACCAUGCAGCCGUGCCGCAAGACCAGAGCUGAGUCUGCAGAGGCGUCCCCUGGCAGAGCCGAUAGCUGCCCUCCAGAGAGAGGUGCAGCAAGCCGGAAGGAUCCCCCCAAAUCCCAGCGCUUGGGGGACGACCUCUUGGGGGAUGAAGACACCCUCUUACCCCCUACACCUAUGAACAGCCUGGUGGAUGAGUGCCCCCUUGACCAGGGUCUACCCAAGCUAUCGGCAGAGGCUAUCUUCGAGAAGUUUAACCGCAUCGCUGUGGCCCGCUCCUGUGAGGACAGCCCUGAGAAGAAGUGAGGCCCAUCAUCGCCCAGCAGCUCUGAUUUCAGGGAAACUUUCCACCUGAGAGUGUGAUUGUGUCCCAGGGUGUGUGUGUGUGUGGAUGUGUGGAAGGGUAGAAACCCCUCGUUCCAGAAAUUAAACACUCGGUACAUUU